CCUACAAAUGUGCCUAAGGUAGAGCUUGGGUGUUGCCGUCUCUUGCCCAACAAGAUGGCAAACAAUCUAUAUAAUGCUUGGAAAGUGCUUAUCCCAACCCUGGUAGAUCCUCAUCUCAAAUAUUCUACAAGGACACAUGGGCAUGCUCUUCCAGAAGUCCAUCUGGUCAUAUCCACUUGCACAAGCCAUAGUAAUUGUACACAUCAAUUUUCCAUAGUUGGUCUCUUUUUUGACCAU